CUUCAGCUGAUGACGUGUACACUGGCUGCUGUACCGUUAGCUAGCCUGCUAGCUUGAACCACCUGUCAGAACAGAGGUGUUGUAAAUAGAAAAAGAACGACACUAAGGAAACGGGGAGCGGGGCAUUUUGUCACAUCAGGGAAAAUGGAGACGCUUUAUCAUCAGACAAAUAAGCACAUCCAGGAGAUUCAGUCCAUGAUGGGGAACCUGGAGAAGACAGACCGACAGUCGGUUCACUUGUUGGAGAAUGAGCUGCAGGCUAGAAUCGACCAGAUCUUCAACCACUUAGAGCGCCUCGAGAUCCUGGCCAGCAAGGAGCCACCAAACCGCCGUCAGAACGCCAAAUUACGAGUGGACCAGCUAAAAUACGACGUUCAGCACCUGCGCACCGCUCUGCAAAACUUCCAGCACCGACGCUACGCUCGAGAGGCCCAGGACAGAGAGAGGGAGGAGCUAAUGAGCCGCACCUUCACGACCAACGACGCAGACACCUCCAUCCCCAUCGACGAGACGCUGCAGUUCAACUCUAAUUUACACAACGCUCACAGAGGCAUGGACGACCUCCUGGGCAGCGGCAGCAGCAUCCUCAACGGCCUCAGGGAACAGAGGUCCACACUCAAGGGAACUCACAAGAAGAUGCUGGACGUGGCCAACAUGUUAGGGCUGUCCAACACGGUGAUGAGACUGAUCGAGAGGCGAGCCACCCAGGAUAAGCUCAUCAUGAUCGGAGGCAUGCUGCUGACCUGCGUCUUCAUAUUCCUGGUCAUCAGAUACUUGGGCUGAGCGCCGUCGACGCAUCUAUCGAUCGGUCGCGGACAUUUCUGCAGCACAUCAUCCCUCAAGAUAUGAAAGAGCUAAAAAGCAUUUUAAGAUCAGGUUAAUGUAAUUUUUGGUAUAAAUGACUCUGCUCUAAUCGCAGUAUUUUUUAUUCCACUUGGAGCUUCAAGAGGAACCUGGACUUUGUGCUGCUUCCCUCACACAACUGCAGUCCAAUAUCUUUUUGUUUAGUUUAGUUUGAAAACCACUCUGAAACUGUCAAUUUCUCCUGUGACUGGACCCAGAAACACUUUUAAACCAGAUAUUUAAACUCGCCUUUCUUCUGCAUUUAGAGAAGCUUUAUUUUUAUUCUUUUCCUUAAUCUCUUACUAACACUGUCCUCGUCGUGAAGCAUGACUUAACACAAGAAAUGCAAACACAGUACUCAUAAACAAAUAUGUUUUGUGUGUCUAUGUUUACUCAGUUGGGCUGAAACUAACGAUUAUUUUCAUGUUGGAUUUUUGCCGCCGAUGACAUUCUGAUUAAAUCGAUGACUUAUUUCCAUAAAUUGUCAGAGAAUGGCGUGAGAAGACAAUCGGUUGUUUCAUAAACACGGUUUUCUCCAUUAACCAUAGAAGAGCAUAAAAAGCAGGAAACGUUCACUUUUAAGAAGCGGAAAUAAGACAAUGUGUGUAAAACAAAAUAUACUCAAAUGGAGAUUACAGUAAAUCCUACGUUCAUGAAAGUUCGAAUGAUCAGUUUUUUGUUUUUUUUUAGAAUGUUUGGUUCACAAAGAUGUUCCUUAACAUGAUCAUGAAGUUCAAAGAACGCAGUGGGGUUUACGGUAUUUUGGUGCGUGUGUACCAAAUACCAUGUGUUGUGAAAACCAUUUGAAGCGGAAGCAAUUUUGUAAUUGUUGUACAUGUUGUUCUUGGAUUUACAUCUGUCUAGUCUCACUAUGUGAGUGAUUUAAUCCUCGUAAUAAAACAAAAACAUGUGUCA